CAGUCGGAAGCAAGUGCGGUCACACUAGACUCCAAAUAAAAAAAAAAAACAAAAGAAGAGAAAAGCUAUUUCUUUUUUGGCAUUGCAUUUUAAAAAGUCAUGUAGCAAACAAAAGCUGCAGCGAAACGGAAGCAAAACAAAGCAAUGUCACUGCGUGCGCUACGAAAGAGAGAAACGGGCAGCAGCUACAGCAACAACAACAACCUUUUAGCACCUCUAAGAACUCGAACUCAGCCACAACCAACGCUUUUCAAGAAGGCCAGCGCAGCAGCGACGUCACCGAAGAAGUCGCCGCUGAAAACCGGGAGCUCCAGCCGCGGAUUGGACAACCGGAAGCUGUUCCAGCAGCGCCAGCUAAUCGGCCGCCAGUGCCACUCGAAUCCCGACCUGCGACAAGCGGCGAAGCGCAGCCAAAACAACAGCCUGUUGCGCAGCAAAUCGGAGGGUGAUGUCAGCCUGAUCCUCGCCAGCAAUUCUGGUGCUCCCUUGACAGUGGCCAACGCCAAAUCGGAGGUGUGUCUGCAGAGGAUCAGCUCGCACAGCUACGAGCAGAGAAAACACGAGGAAAUGCUUGGCGGUGCCCGUUCCCAUCGCGACCUCACGCAGUCCUCCUAUGGCCACCAGUCGGGUGGUCAUCAGGUGGACCUGGACCACCACCCGACCACCAGGGCUCCCCGUCGCAUGAGCGAGUGCAGCCUGGGCUACAGCCAGUCCAGUUCACGGCAUACCGCGGGCUCCAGCUCCAUGUUCGCCAGCCAGAUGACGCUCUCCUCGGGUUCCGUGGUCGUUCCUCCCGUGGAUCCCAAUGCCGUGCUAAGGGUGCCCAUCAUUGGCUACGAGGUGAUGGAGGAGCGGGCGCGCUUCACCGUCUACAAGCUGCGCGUCGAGAAUCCGGAGACCAACGACUGUUGGCUCGUCAUGCGGCGCUACACGGAUUUUGUGCGGCUAAACGGCAAGCUGAAGCAGUCUUUCCCCAAUCUCAGCCUAUUGCUGCCUCGCAAGAAGCUCUUCGGCGACAACUUCAAUGCCGUCUUCCUGGACAAUCGGGUGCAGGGCCUGCAGAUCUUCGUCAACUCGGUGAUGGCCAAGGAGGAGCUACGCAAGUGCAAGCUGGUGCGGGAGUUCUUCUGCCUGGACGAGCCGCCCUCGUACUCCGAGUCCAUGGAGGAGUGUCGGGCCAUUUUUGAGGCCCAGGAGGAGACGAUCGUCCAUCUGAAGCUGCAGGUAAAAAACAAAAACGAUCUCAUACUCAGCUUGCAGCAGAAGCUGCGCGACGAGAUGAAUGAGAAGGAGCAGCUCAGAGAGACUAUGAAAAACCUGGACCUCAAUUGCUCGCACUGCUCCUCGGCCAACGACAGUCUGGGCCUAAAGUAGACCAAAAUCCAGUUGGAUGUGCGCGUGCGUACAACAUUAUGCUGAGCAUAACCCUGGAACGCAUCCAUAUCCAAUCCAAACCAAGUGCAUAUCGAGGGGCUCGCCCCGUCAGUGCUUUAGUAUUCAUAUCUAGACCUAGAUGCUAGCGAGUGCUGCCCAAGCUGGUUCUGAAUGGAAUACAAUAGUAGUUAUUUUUGAUAUUCGUUUACGGGCAACCUACAGUUAAGAAUGAAUUAAUUAGUUUAAGUGUAUACGAUAUGUUAUGCAAGCUCACAUACAAAAUAAAUCUAAGGCACAAUUUAUUAAUCAAUGAAA